CUAUGACGUCAUCUACGUCAUGUGGACUGGGUCAAAGUUCAGAUCAACGCAAUGUUUGGCUGUUUGGCUACGCACGGAAGAAGAAGGGCGCCCAAAAUGGCAGAAAAAUGAGGCUAACUGUCGCUUGACGGACCAUGGGAAGCAGGAAAGAUCACCGACUGACGUUUCUACAGAGCUUUGUGUGCGGGGGGACGGCAGGGGUGACCAGUAGGACUCUUACGUCGCCUCUGGACGUCGUCAAGAUUUUGUCCCAGGUCGGAACCAAAGACACCCAAGAGGGAUUCCUCAGAGCCUUUUCUAACUUGUACAAAAAUGAAGGACUCCGAGCCUUUUGGAAGGGCAACUUUCUUGGCUGCCUGCGGCUGUUUCCCUACACGGCCAUACAGUUCAGCGCUUACACCAAGUUCAGACAGCUGUUUGUGGAUGACAUGGGGUACCUGAGUGCAGGUGGUGCCCUGAUGGCAGGUAGUCUGGGUGGGAUCACUGCCACCUGUAUCAUGUACCCUACAGACAUGGUGAAGACUCGCCUGACAGCACAGCACACAAAGAGGAGCAAAGCCCACUACAGGGGCAUCAUCCACACCUUUAGAGUGGUGUACAGGACAGAGGGGAUCACUGCAUUCUUCAGAGGAAUGUCCACAUCUGUCAUAGGAGUGGUGCCAUUUGCAGGAGGCACCUUCAUGGCGUAUGAGCUGCUGGAUCGAGCCUGGAGCGUCCCCUCCUCACACCUGACUCCGCUAGCUAACUUCAUCAAUGGCUGCAUCGCUGCUGCUUUUGCACAAACCUUUUCAUAUCCGUUUGACACCAUCAGGAAAAAGUUACAGGCCUACAGCACAGUGCUACCCAACAGAGGAGGGGUAGAUGUGGAGUUUACAGGGAUGGUGGAUGCCUUCAUUCAGACGUAUAAACAUGGGGGGAUGCAGGGUCUAUGGAGAGGCACCACAGCCAACCUCAUGAAGGUUGUGCCAUAUGCGGGUGUGAUGUUCAUGUCCUUCGAGGCGUGUAAGCGGGCUUUCCUGUACAGUAACGGUUUCACGGUCUCACCCUGGAGCGACGUGCCCAAACCUGGGAUCGACCAAACCCUGACGCCAGGAGAGCUGAGAGAGUGGCACAGGAACCAGAGAGUCAUCAAACGACGUGUCAACUCUCCUAGCACCAGGCCGGGUUGCGCAAUCUCUCACUGUCAGGAGCUGAUUGGGCCUCCUCCCUGAGAGCUUGUGGCCAGACACCUCUAACUCUUGAGAACCAUUCCCAUUCCCAGAACUACCUAUAACAAAUCAGAGUUAUUUAUCAGUCCAAUAAGAGCUCAGGAUCCAUUGUCACUAUGGAAGCCGGUCAUCACAGCCUCCAACACCAUAAUAACAGAAAGUUCUCAGUCAAACAAUGAUUGAUCCAUGUUAUCUAGCAGAUAUGAAUAAGUCAGCAGGAUUAAUAUACUCUGUAUUCUCCUGAGAAAGAGGUGUUGGCCCAACCAGUGGAAGGACUGCUAGAAGUGUGAUGUAGAAGGGGAGUUUCCUCCAGAAAUGAAGGAAAACUACUUAGAAUUGCCCCUGUCAUCCCUCAGGGUUUGCUUCUCCAUGGUAGGGAUAAUUGUGAAAUAUUUAUUGUUUUUGUAUUUUAGAAAAUCAGUGUUGCAGAAGACACUAUAAUAUCUGAUGUACAGUAGCACUAAUGGUCUGGCUAUUAAACCAUUUUUAAGAAGUGAA